AUGUCAGAUAUCGAGGAUGUGGAAGAUACUGGGUCUCGUACUGGUCAACCCAAGGAGAGAAGAAAGAUAGAGAUCAAAUUUAUCGAGAACAAGACCAGACGUCAUGUGACGUUCUCCAAGAGGAAGCACGGUAUUAUGAAGAAGGCAUUCGAGUUGUCUGUGUUGACCGGAACCCAGGUUUUACUUCUGGUUGUCUCUGAGACUGGGUUGGUUUACACUUUCAGUACUCCCAAAUUCGAACCUAUAGUGACACAACAAGAGGGUCGAAAUUUGAUUCAGGCUUGUUUAAAUGCCCCAGAUGAUGACGAAGAGGAAGAAGAAGAGGAGGAUGAGGAUGCGCGAGAAGGAGCAGAGGAAAACGAUAGUAGUAAUCAAGUAAGUUCCAGCGAACAACAACAGCAGAUCCAGCAACAGCAACAGAUCCAGCAACAACAACAGCAGAUCCAGCAGCAACAACAGCAGCAGAUCCAACAACAAAAUCAGCCACAGCAACUGCUGAAUAAUCCGCUCAAGCAGGAAGGAAUCAAAAAUCAUUCGAUGCAUCCUGCAAUGAACCCUGGUCACGGGAUACCCGCAGGUGUGCCGAGUGCUCCCAUGGGUAUGCCCCAGCAAAACCCUCACCAACCUCAUCCCGGUAUGCCACACCCACAUCUACAAGGUUUCCCAAACUCAGCUUCUCCUUAUCUCAACCCAGAACAAAACGCAGUUUAUCAACAAUAUUUCCAAGAAUCUCAACAAGGUCAGUACUGA